AUGCAUGAAUUCUCCAUGAAUCGCCCGCGAAUGGUGCUGCUGCCGGGAUGGGCGAACAGACGGAUAACCUUUGGAUUGGCGUUGGUAUUGGUUACAUGUGUAACGAGGUCGCGGUCUUUGCCUCCGGUUGCGUUUGUUGCGGGGGCUGUCUCCAGAGCUUGUUGCAUCAACGGCAGCAGCGGGACAUCGAGAAGCAAUUGCGGAGACAGCAGUCGACAGCUCCUGGUGGGAGAGGAGAUACUGUGGUGGAAAUGCCUACCAGUCUUCCGUGAUCAAGGGAAACCUCGAAGUAUUUGCGCCAGAGCUACUACAUCCCACAAAGGCGGCGGGCACGGGGAUGUAGAGGGAGCGGAGGAGGGGGAAGGGCAAGGGGGGCCACGCGAGGGGAAACAGGGCAGGGUAGGAAACCAGGAGAGAGCACGAGCGUCCAGCGUCGGUGCUGUUGUGAACGUCAGCGGGGUUACGGGAGGAGGCACACAGGUCAAGGGUGAGGGCGGCAAGAGGAAAAGAGCGCGGCUUACGGCUGCGGAGAAGGCCCAACAGAAGGCUUACAGGGGCAGGCGCAUCAAGGACACGGCCGACCUCAUGGAAACGUUGAUGAAUUCGGAGGUAGACCUGCAGGACGUGCUGCGGAAGCAUUCUUCUACCGCGACGGACGCAGAAGGGUUUCUGAAAGAGGAGCGCCUGGUCGGGGAGAUAGCGCGCCCGGUCGUGGCGCGUAUCAGGCGGUACAGGACAAGGAUUGCGGCCCUCAGGAGACAGGCGGCCAGGAGGCUCGCCGAACAGUACCCCUCGACGAAGAGGCCCGAACGGAGGAAGAGGAAGGCCAAGCCCUUCCCGACGACGGCUAAGGAAAUCGACGAUUUUCUCCUCAGCUAUAAAGUCACCGUUUGGGACGCGAUUCGCAUAACCGACCCCGUCCAAUGGGAGGCGAACAGAAUGGAAGAGCUCGAGCGGAAACGUGCCAUGCAGAAAGACCCGGAAGAGCUGCAGGAGGAGCGACGGCUCAGGGCCAUCCGCAGGUACGAGGCCAGGCGGCGGAACGGCAACUCGGGCAAGGGGAAGCCGAGGUCGAAGGCCGACCAGAGGAAGGCUGAGGAGCUGGCGGCCGCGAGGGCCGCGGCGAUCGCCGCCGGCCUCGCCACCGAGGCCGACUUCGCGCCCCCGGCCCCUAGGAGGAUCUUCAAGAAGGACAUCCCCACCGUGAAGCGGAGGCGCGGCAGGCCGCGGAAGGUUCUGACGGAGGAGGAGAAGAUGGCCCGGGCGUUGCGCCAGGCCAACGGCCCGCUGCCGAGAGGCAGGCAGCGCGACCUGACGGGCCCGCCGCCGCCGCCGCUGGACGCGCCGUGCCACGUGACCGCCGCCGUCACCGAGAACGUGAGGGAGUGGAUGGCGGCGGCGGCGGCGGAGGCCGCGGCGGCGGCGAUGAGCAACGGGGUCCGGAGCGUGACCGCGGCCGACCUCGAGGCCCACGCGAAAGCCCUCGCCGUCUCCAAGACGAAGGAGGUUACGGGGGGUGGGGGGCGGGGGGGCGGGGGCGUGUGGUCGGCGGGGAUGACGAGGAUCGCGCUCGCCGGGAUGGAGGCGUGGCACGACAAGUGGAGAGAGGUUUAUCCUGACGCCGUGACCGGGCCCGGCACUAGUUCCUCGGGUGCGGCGGGAGAAGAGCAUGGCGAGAAAAAGCCUCCGUUGCCGUGCCCCGCUCAUGGCCGUGGUGGCGACGAACGAAACGCCGGGGAGGGAGAAGAGGAGGUAGAGGGUAGAGCCGUUGCAAGGACUGGUGGUGGUGGUGGUGCCGCCGCGGCCGCCGCUCCUGCGAGAGGCGACGGAGCUCGUGCGGAGAUGAGAGAUUCUAGUGCCGGCCGUGACGGUGGCGGCAGCAGCGGUGGUGAUGGUGGUGGUGAUGGUGGUGCUUGUGCUGCGGUAGGGCCAUGA